AUGGAGCCCCCCGGCUCUGCAGAUCCCGGGGCUCCGUCCUCGCCACCGGGAAUCGCUGCCUUUCCUCCCUCCGCUGCAGGAGGCGCCCACGGGGCACGCAAGAAGCUGGAAAAUGAGGAUUUUCUUGGUUUGGACCCUUUUCCCAGGGAGAGCCAGGAACACAGGUCAGGUGUCUGGGCAGUGACAGGCCCCAAGCAGGUGACAGUUGACCAAGGCAGCUCGCUGGCAGUGUCCUGCAGCUACGAGCCAGGCUACAAGCUCAAUUCCAAGUACUGGUGCCGCCAGAACUCCCUGCGGUUUUGCUUUGCCCACAUCAUCCAAACCAGUGGCUCGGAGGUGAUGGUGACACAGGGCAGGGUGUCCAUCAGGGACAACCACACGGCACACUCCUUCACGGUGACACUCAGCGGUGUCACGCCAGGGGACGCAGGACAGUACUCCUGUGGGGUGAAGAGGAAACUGUGGUUCAGCACAUCCCACACCACCAGGGUGAUGGUCUCUGCAGCUGCUUCAACUUCAACCGAGGGCAGCAACAUGGGCCUGCUGACCAGCAACACUCUGGGCUCCAGUGGCUGUAGGAAACCUCCAGUGCUGUCCCAGCUCAGUGUCGCCCACCUGCUGCUCCUCCUCAGCUUGAAAUUUCUCGUAGCCCUGGCCCUGGUGUGUGGGGCAGCCUGGAUGAGGAGGCGGUAUAGGAGCUGCAACCAGGAAAACCAACAGCUGUUUGAGGCCUCCAGCAGCACCAGGACACCAGGCUGCCAACCUUCUCUCCCAGCCGACCUCAGAGCCCCAGGGACGCCCUCCUGCCCCCUCCCCCCUCACCCUGCUGGGGCCGUGCCACCCAUCACGGCUGCCCCAUGCCACAAGGUGCUCGGCUCCCGGUGA